AUGAAGACCUCCAUCGCCCUCGGCGCCCUCCUGGGCUUCAUGACCACGGGAGCCAUCGCCACUCCCGUCCCCGACUCCACUGCCGUCGGCGCCUCCGCGGAUACCGUCGAACCCGCAUGGGACUACGGUAAGAGGACCGCCGAAGCGGAAGACGCCGAUGUUGAACCUGCUUGGGACUACGGCAAGAGGAGCGAGGAGAGCACCGACGAUACCGUUGAGCCCGUUUGGGACUACGGAAAGAGGGAUGUCGACGCCCCCGCCGACACCGUCGACCCCGCUUGGGAUUAUGGGAAGAGGAACGCCGCAGAGGCCACCGAUGAUACUGUCGAGCCGGCCUGGGACUAUGGCAAGAGGAGCGCUGAAGAGAGCAGCGAUGACGUCGUCGAGCCUGCUUGGGACUACGGGAAGAGGAGCGAGGAGAGUUCCGAUGCUGUCGUUGAGCCGGAGUGGGACUACGGGAAGAGGAGUGAGGGUGCCGGCGAUGCCGACGUUGAUUGGGAUUACGGAAAGAGGGACGCCGAGGCGGAGGUGACGGACGAUGCCGUCGUUGAGCCUGCUUGGGACUAUGGAAAGAGGGAGGAGAGUGCCGAUGCCACCGAUGCCGAUGUUGCUUGCGACUACGGGAAGAGGGAUGCCGAAGCCGAGGAGAGCGCCGACGCUGCUGAUGUCAAUGUUGCUUGGGACUAUGGAAAGUGA